AUGGCGGUUCCAAAGCUUGAUAAGAAGAUCGUCAAGAAGAGGGUCAAGAAGUUCAAGAGGCCACACAGUGAUUGGAAGAUCUGUGUCAAGGAAAACUGGCGUAGACCAAAGGGUAUUGAUUCACGUGUGAGGAGAAAGUUCAAAGGUGUUACUCUUAUGCCAAAUAUUGGAUACGGAUCAGACAAGAAAACCCGUCAUUACUUGCCAAAUGGUUUCAAGAAAUUUGUUGUUCACAACGCCAAGGAGCUUGAAGUUCUUAUGAUGCACAACAGAACUUAUUGUGCUGAGAUUGCACACAAUGUAUCAACCCGAAAAAGGAAGGACAUUGUAGAGCGUGCAGCACAGCUUGAUGUUGUUGUCACCAACAAGUUAGCCAGGCUGCGUAGUCAGGAAGAUGAGGCCCCACACACUCUCUCUCUCUCAUGGUUGAAGAAACCUCCACAUGAGGUUGUAUUUCUGGUCAAGAAGAGGCAACAGCCUCCCUCGUUCUCCACCACUCUUCCUGUCGAAGAGGCUCCACCCAAACACCCCCUCACAGCCGCUAAAAACCCCAAUCCUAUUUUCUUCAUUGGCUCACCGGAAAAACGAAGCAGAAGAAUGGGGACUGCCGCCUCUAAUCUAACCCCCUAUGAGAUGAACGAAACACACAUCAAGAGCUUGCUUUUGGUACGUAUCUAUCUAUUUUUCUUGUUGAACCUCCAUGAGCAUCAUCAUCAUCAUCGAACCCACCACCGAACACCAUCCUCCCCCUUCUCUUCCCCUUCAGAACCUCCGUGUACGACGAUUUAG